AUGAUAGCGUGCGCUACCGACAGCGGAGCCGUCUCAAAAGCACUCACAGCGACCAACGGAGCGAAGCAGGACUGCAUCCUCGCCCUUACCUUCUUCUGUUUCAUGUUCUCUGCCAUGCUGAUGGACGCCUACCGUGACGAGCGCCCCGGGAUUCGUAUCGCUUACGGGACGGACGGCCAACUCCUCAUAUACCGGCGGAUGCACUUCCAGUCGCGUGUAUCCACAACGAGUGCCCGUGAACUUCUCUUCCCCGACGACUGUGCUCUCAACACCGCCUCGGAAGGGGACAUGAAAAUGGGCGUGGAUCUUUUUUCUGCCGCCUGUGACAACCUUGGUUUUAUCAACACGGAGAAGACAGUGCAUGCACCAACCGCCACCCGACGAUGCCUACACUGCACCUCAGAAGAAGAUGCGAUCGCUGCAACAGGUGAAUGUUAUAUAUAAUGGUAGAGGGGCGCUCACCGAUCGUUCUUACGGAACUCACUCGUUCCUUUGUGCCUUACGGGCUCUCUCUGGAGCCCAACCAGCAGCCGCACAGCCACGCAUGAGAUAGGCAGAAUGGCAUUACCGACAGAGAGAAGGGAAACUGGAAUGGUCAUUUCCGGCUUAUUAGCCGUCGUCAGCCAGUCAUACCCAACCCCGAAGUAUGGAACACCCGAGGUUCGAACUCGCGAACUGUUAGUUAGAAGUCCACGCCUCUUAACCCUGGGCCUCGAGUCUCGGGUGUUCCACGCUUCGGGGUUGGGUUUAACUGGCUGACGACGGCUAAUAAGCAACAAAUAGCCAUUCCAGUCUCCCUUGUCUUUGUCGGUAAUGCCAUACUGCCUAUAUCAUGCGUCGCUGUUCGCCUGCUGGUUAGGCUCGAGGGGGAGCCCGUAAGGCACAACGGAACGAAUGAGCUCCGUAAGAACGAUCGGUGAGCACCCCUCUACCAUUAUAUAUACAACAUUCACCCCAUGUCCUGAUCAACAGUCUGAAUUAGCGAUAAUACGGAUUGUUUUAUCAUUUCGCCCCUAAUCACCUCGUUGAGGGAAUUUACUGUUCUUUUCCUCACAGAAUUUUUUCCUGCUCGAUAUGCAUACACACGUUUUGUUCUACUCCCAGCAUUUUAGACGCCAAGGAAACUUUUCGAUUUCUAACUCGAAGUGCAAAACACCCCUUACGGUUCGAGACUGUGGGUAAAAAUUCUGCUGGUGACUUCCGCACGAUGUCCAUGAUGCAAUUCCUUUUUCACCCUAAACUUCCCUGCACGACGUUGUAGCCCUGAUUUAGUUGCCCACGCACCAAAUGCCGCAGCAGAAACUAUGUUAUGCAUGCUUUUGUCUGUAAAAAUAGGAAAGCUUGGUUGUUGGACGAAGAGGGAGUUAUGCCUUAGUAAACAAUUUGGCAGAAUUCUGCUACCAAGUUAUUUAAAUAUGCACGCGAUGCCAGUGACCUCGCCAUUGGCACAUAUUAUCCACCUAUUUAUAAGAAACCGAAAUACUUUCAAAAUUUCCCGACCUACACGUUCUGGGAAGACAGAUCUUUCAGUAUAUAAUCGAUAGAUACGUUUAUAUAAAUUAAGAAAAAUAAAAAGUUUUUUAGUCUAUAAGUCAUGUCUACUUCCACAGAGUAUUUCCUAUUCAAUAAUUUCUUACUUCAAGCAUCUUUAAAAAACCGGAAACGUUUCUGUGGGAGAUUUCAGAUGAACGAAUUAUGGCAAGGGACACCUGCGACUAAUGGUGACUAGACUACCAAUGUGAAUACUACCAAAGCAUGGGCGAAUUUUCAGUGGAUGAAUGCAUAACAGUGAAACGGGAUCGUAAGGCAUGCUAAAUUGGAGAACCCAUCGAAAAUCAUGGUUCUUAACUCACUGAUGAGGAGAGCCAUUAUGCGACAAAUGAUUUCUGGAAAAAGGUGCAUGCCUUUUAUUGGAGGCAAAUGGAAUUUGAGUAGUGCCUUAUUUCUUGUGAACUGCGCGGUCAUAAUAGCGGACACUGAUAUCCUGAAUGAGUCAGUUUGCUUUGAUGAUCUGUGAGUGACUAACUCCCCGCCAACCUUAACCUAUGCUGGCAGUUGAAUGUUUUAUUAAAUGGCAGUCCGGCAUUGCCCUUACUGCUGAGUCGUUCGACUGUAGAGGCGCGUUUUACGCGUUAUUUUGCGCCUUCUUUCCUAGGCCCCUCAGUAUUACGGUCUGCGAAGAAUCCUGCUUUCGUUAUUUCGUUUUGUCUGGGCAUGCAAAUCGGCCAUUCCUUGAUUUCGGUAUAAGCCCAUCUUGAAAUGCAUCCCCAAAACCUUGAGACUUUCUGCAGACACUUCCGUCUUAUGAAGUGUUAGAGAUGAGAGAUACAAGUUUAAUCAAAAACUGCCAAAUAUCUGCUUUCCAUUCGUGUAUUAGAACGCUAGGAUAUCAUCAGAGGUCAUGGAAACGGUCGCCUAUAUGAUCGAGUUGCAAUUACAGCCACAGUCAAAUAAAAAAAGUUGACUGAACAACUAAUAGAGAAAGAAAAUUUUUAAAACCAAACUUAUCUCUUUAUGAGACAAACUGAAGCAUUUCCGGCAAGCUUCUACAGCAUAUAUUGCGAAGAUUUAAAACACACGCCGAACAAUCCUGAAGGGAACUGGACGCACCUCAAAUGUCAAGGAACAACGGAACUGAAGGACAUUUAGCAUUUCUCAUGAUGUAGUAGUAAUUUACAUUGAAAUGACGACUUGCGAUGAAGUUUGCUGGUGUGUCUGAAUUCCCCUUAAUAUCUGGGUUUGCCAGGGAAGGCGUCGGCAGGAAGAACGUCACAUGUAAAUGAAAAAAGAAGUUGAUGGUCAGUUAUCUUGACAAAUAUGUGGUUUACAAUCCAGUAUGCAUGACUGCUAAGACGAUUUGGCAUUCAUCAAAAGAUCCUACUCACAAUUAGAUCAGUGGACGAAAGCUAGGAUCAGUGCGUUUCUUAAAGUCCCUAAGAACUUCCUCGGGACACUUUUUGUAAUGAAAACUGCUUUGGGUUACCGAGACCGUACUACCACAACUCUAGUCAUCAUCGACCUAUUUCCAAUAGACUGCUCUAAGUUGCAGGAAGCCUGACGUGAGUUAAAUUUAAAGACUGGAAGCAGGCAUAGUGUCCGUACAUUCGUCUGUUUUGUUCUGAUCUAGAGGCACCGACGGUUUGAGGAUGGACAGUUACCUAUCGGUUGAUUGCUCAUUAUGCAUUCGUUGGAAAGUCAGCAGAAAAUAUUUUGAAAGGCAUAUUAUGCGUUGAUAAACUUAGGAAAAAGAGGACGGUAGAUGACAGCUAAUAAAUCAGAAAUGGCCAUUCCAAUUUCCAUUCCUUUGUCGGUAAUUUCACUCUGCAUAUAUACACACAUACAUAUCUCGUUCAUCAUCUCCCGAAGAAGACAGGGCGAAUUCAUGGACCAAAUUGUAUUUGAACUGACGUCUCGGCAACUUCCUCGUUUCCAUCACCAGAAUAGUGCCCUUUUUGCUUCUGUCCGUCUCGAGCUGUUCAGCCUUGCUGCUUGCUUAGUAUUACAGCCGUGCUCGAUGCAUGAACUUUGACCCUCUUAUUUGUCGCUGACUGGCUUAGAUCUCUCGAGGCUGACCGCUAUCGGGCUUGCGUGACCUUUGUUCCCUUUGGGGCCGACGUAGUUGUAGUCGGAUCGGCGUGCCUAUUGGCCUCUCCCAGGUCAGUCGGUGGACUGGUCGGUUGUUGCUGUUCGUGUUAGUAGCAUUCAGCUUCGCGGGCACAUCGAUGAGACAGUGUUUGACUCUGCUCACAUGGCCUCUGGUCAUCAAUUCCACUCUUCUCCGUGAGCAUUGACUCUCGAUUCCGUUUGUUCGCUUGCCUUAUUGAUCUAUCCAAACUGGCCUGAGUCUUGUACGCAGCGCCUGGUAGGCGGGACGUAGAUCUAUUGCUAGCGCAUCCGUGUGACCUCUGUCCCCUGCCCGGCCGUUGUUGUCGCUGCUAGGUCCGUGUGCCCGGGGACCCUCCACUCGUAACCUGGUGGACUAAUUAGCUGCGGUUGCAUGUGCGAAUCAGGUUCGGCUGUUUGGGCCCGUCGGUGGGUCGAUGACUCACGUCGGUCGUGUGACUCCGGCUGGCUCUUUCCCCCUGCUUUGAAGGUUACAACUGUUCAGAGGGCUGUGAUUUGUUCGCCAGUGCUGUCGGCUCCGUCUGA